AUGCACACGUACAACUCUACUGAAAGUAACCACAAUUGUCAGAAGCCUCUCAGUGAGCCGGAAAGCCAUUCCCCUUACACUGGUCUUGUGUACGGGGAACACGCAAACCUCAGGAACCCUUCGAAUCUGCGUUUCUUUUUAAAGCAGCUCUCUCUCUCUCUCUCUUUCAGAAACUUACCUGUGGAGUAUCAAUCUUCACGACCUGCCAAACCUGCCGCCAAAGAUUCACACUCAGAUGAAAUGUCCCAGGAGGAGGUGUGCUGCUCGUGUCCCGGGCUGAGGGCGCUUUGUCAGAUAUUGUUCACGUCGUCUGACAAGACUGAGGCUGAAAAACCUACAAACGCGGCCAAACUUCAGACAGCGAAUGUCCCGAGUCCAUCCCGCGCCUCGGCCUGUGAGCCCGGGAGUGAGCUCUACAAGGCGAUGUGGUCCUACAAGGCUCGCGGGGCGGAUGAACUUUCCUUCCAGGAGGGAGAGCAGUUCCGCAUCUGCGAGCGCCAGGGCGAGUGGUGGACGGCUCUAAAACUGGGGAGAGAUGGAGCGGUCACCGGGAGGGGCUUUGUUCCGAUUCAUUACCUGGCGAGAAGACAAACGGUGAAAGAGCAACCCUGGUACUUUGGCACACUGAACCGCUUUGAGACUGAGAAUUUGCUCCUGGCUCCAGAGAAUGGUGUUGGAGCUUUCCUGGUACGACACAGCGAAAAGGAUAACAUAGGUUAUGUUUUAUCAGUGUUAUUAGAUGACAGAAGCAAGGAAGUAAAACAUAUUAAGAUCCAUCAGAAUCAGAAUGGAAGUUUCUAUCUUGAUAAGAGUCAAACAUUUCAAAGCCUGGAGAAACUGGUGGAUCACUACCGGAAGAUUUCCCUGCACGGUGACUCUUUUCUCAAACAACCAUGCAGACGGCCAGAACCAAAGCCAAAGGAUCUUUCCCACAGUACAGUAAAUGACUGGGAAUUACCUAAGGAAGAGUUCACACUUGAAGAGGAGCUUGGUAAAGGAUUCUUUGCAGAUGUUUACCGUGGAAAAUGGAAAGGCAUGGUCAAUGUGGCCAUUAAGAUCCUCAAAAAUGACUCUAUCAACCACAGGGAGUUCAUGUUGGAGACACAAAUAUUAAAAAAGCUCAGGCACAAACACCUCAUCACACUUUUCGCUGUCUGCACAAGCUCAAGCCCCUUCUACAUCAUCACUGAACUCAUGGAAAAAGGCGACCUGCUCAGUUUGCUCAAAGGUAAGGAGGGCCUGGACCUGAAUUCACAGAUGCUGACAGAAAUGGCAUCCCAGGUGGCUGAUGGGAUGGCGUACCUUGAGGAGCAGAACAGCAUCCACAGAGACCUGGCGGCCCGCAAUGUUUUAGUGGGAGCCAACUACAUUUGUAAAGUGGCCGACUUAGGGCUAGCUCGAAUCGUCAAAGAGACAGUUUACUCAUCAGAAGAUAAACAAAUCCCAUACAAGUGGUCUGCUCCUGAAGCCAUCAGCCAUGGAAGAUUCUCCAACAAAUCUGACGUCUGGUCAUUCGGAGUCCUGCUAUAUGAAAUGUUCACCUAUGGUGGAGUCCCAUAUCCAGCCUUCUCAAAUAUCGAGGUGUACAACAUGAUCACGGCGGGGUACAGAAUGCCCGCACCUCCCAAAUGCCCGUCCCACAUCUAUGACAUAAUGCUGAUGUGUUGGAGAUAUUCGGCUGAGGAAAGGCCAGAUUUCAGUGAACUGUUACAUAUUCUAGAAGACUAUUGUGCUCCAUGCACGGACCAGAACACAGAGAGCUGCAAUGACACAUAAGAUCCAAAAGGAGGCGUCAGUUAGCAAUGCUAAGCAGAGUCAAGUGAGUGGGAACAUGCCAACAAUAGUACUUUGUGACACACUCCUGUUUUAAUGCACCAUGACCUUUCCACACAUAGCUUUGCAACUUUAUACAGUAUUCCUGCAUUUAUUUACCAAUUUUACUUAGGAUAUUAUAGGAUUAAAAAGGAUGUUAUAUUAUUUUUAAUUUAAAGACAUUUUUUCCAUGACUUAGAUAAGUUAAUGGUGUGACAACACUGAUUUUCUUAAUCAUUUAAUACAUAUUGCAACUGUACAGUUGAGUUGACCCUUUGAAUGGAUCAUCAUUAAAACAUAAAAGUGUGGUGUGAGAUACACAAUUUUAAUAAAAAAAUUGGUAAAGAAAAUCUUAGAGUGGCAGUUAAAGGGUUAAACAUUACCUUUCUAUCAAUAUGCAAUAUCAUUAACAAAAAUGACAAGACUAAAUUGUAGACAAAAUAAAUUCAGCAAACAAAAAAGGAGAAAAUAUUAAGAACAGUACCCCAUGAGCUUUCAUGUUUGGGGGUUCCCAGAUGUCAAGAGUUAUAUCCCCUUAUCACUUUUACUACGCUGUGUUUUAGUUUAUCUUCACAAGCUGGCAGUACAUUCUGUUUCUGUGCUAAGAAACAGCACACAGGAUCUCAAAACGUCAGCAAAUAUGUAAACUGGACUUUAGAACUUCACUUCAACAUUCUGCUUAAAAGAAAGUAUACAAAUAGUAUAAAGACUUUCCUGUUGUAUCUUUUCAGAGAAACUUCUGUGUUUAAUCAACAUUGUAGAGUACAUUAAUUGAUCACAUUAUAAUAAAUCAAGAAAAUAGGUGAAAUUCUCAUGAAAAUGCCAUAGUUUUGCCAAAAAUAUGAUUUCAUUAACUAAAACCAGACUACAAUUUACAAACAUUUAAUCAACACACGACGUGAUAAAAAGGAAAGGUUACUAAAUGUCAUAAAAGUAAAUGCUUGAAAAUCAACACUAGUUAACGCUGAAGAUUAUUUUACUUUGAUUUAUUUGUUUAUUACUUAUUAAAUACAUUUCUAAUGAAUCAAAUGAACUAAUAGAUAAAAAACCGACAACAAAAUUGCACAGUUUCACCAGAUCUGUGCUCUUUAUUUGAAAAUUAAUUGUGUAUUGGUUAUAGAAUAUACAAUAUAUUGUUUCAGCAUUGAUAAUCUGCAAUAAUCACAUCGCAGGAUCAGCAAUGUCAAGUUGGGAUUAUAGUUGAGUAGCAUCACAGUUCAGAAUAUGUGAUUUGUGGGUACUUUCAAAACUUUAACCUUAAAACUGAAUGAAAGAUUUUCAUUUGUAUGUGUUUUAAGACCUGUGACUGUAUAAGAUUUCAGCAAACUUAAACCAAGAGGCUCUAAAGGUAUAUAAACAAAAUGAAUGUUAUUUAAACAAUGAAGACUAUACACAAUACAGUGUUAUUUUUAUACAUUAUUAUUGGAUUUCUGUACCUCAAUACUGUUAGAUUCCACACAAGAUCAUCAAAUGUAUUUGUAUCUUUUAUUUUAUUUUAUGCAGAUACACCUUUUCAAAAUAAUCCCAGUGUAAAAUAAUAAAUUAAUUCAAAAUAGAGAUAAAAUUCUAUUGUGAAAUUAUAUUUAUAUCGCAAUAUAUAUUGCAGACAAACUAAAUAUCGCAAUGUUGUAGCUUUUGUCCAAUAUCAUGCAGCCCUAGUAUAAGUAGCAAACAUUUAAAGGGUUUAUAUAACUUUUGUUAAAUUUAUGGCAGCGUUAUUUAUAAUAACAAUAAUUUUAAAUAUGUACUGACAUGGACAAAAUUGUUGGUACCCUUUUUCAAUGCUUCUGUUGAAACACAAUUUAAAAGCAAAAAUGGAUUUUCAAUAGUUUUUUUUUUCAGCAACUUUUUGGUUAAUCAUGACUGUUUUCGGUUUCAAAUUAUUUCAGUGUUGUUCCUUGUUGGAAGGGUACCAACACUUAUCUC